AUGGGGAGGAAGAAAAAGGUUCAAGGAGCCACAGGUGAAGCUGUCAAAUCAGAGUACAACUUCUGGGAUACAACGCAUGAUGGUCCAUUUCUGGAAUGUUUGCUUGAACUUACUGAAAGGGGACUCAUCAAUAAUGGGACUUGCAAAAACGGUGUGUUCAAAGAGUUGCAAAGGAUGAUGGCAACCAAAGUGCCAGGUUGUGGCCUUAAAGCAAAACCAACUAUCCAGAAUAUGUAUAAGAAACUCAAGCACUGGUACCAUUCGACCGUCUUAAUGAAGAAUCAGAGUGGUUUUGGAUGGGAUGCGGAGAAGGAGUGUGUUUCUGCAGAAAAGGCAGUGUGGGAUGUGUUCCUUGAGGUUUGUUUUCUUGUCUCCUUUGUAUUCAUGUUAUGUCUAUGGAUUGGUGUUGUGUUUCUUAUAGACUGUUUACUUCCUUUGUAUUCAUGGUAUGUCUAUGGAUUGGUUACUAUUUUUUGCAGCAAAACCCAACCUGCAAAACCUACAAAAGGAGCGUCUUUCCCACAAUUCUUUGAUCUUGCACCAGUUUUUGCUAAUGGGCGUGCCACCGGAUUAGGAGGAUUCUCAGGUAUGUGUUGUUGUCUCGAUUUUUCAAUUAUCUCCUAUUUUCGGUUGGUUAUAACACAUAUAGAGGCUGCAGGUAACGACCCGGAAAUAAUAUCCGAAGGGGAUGAUAGUGGCUCUGAGGAUGAUGAAGGGCCUCCUGUCCCUCUUGCUGAAAUGGUAAACCCUGCAAUUGAAGAAGAAAAACAUCAUAAAUGA